GCAGUGGACGAAGAUGUGUCAGACGAUAGUACCUCUGGCACCACGUCGAGGCUCCUAGAGGAGAACAUAAGCCUUAAAAUGCGAAUAAAGCAGCUGGAGGCCGUUCUCUCCCGACCGGAAAUGCUAAAAGUGGAGGCAAAUAUCCCCCGACGUACAGCAGCCGUAGAGGACUUUCAGUCCCCAGAGAGUAUCUUAAGCGAGUUUCAGCGCUUGCCAUUUCAGCUAUCAGUCGAGCCAGGCCAAAGCCAUGCUGAUAGUACUCGCCCGUGGGACGAUCAUGUAAUGCUUUGUCUGCCCGCCCGCCACUGGAGCGAGGUAAUCGUCAAGUUCUCUCUAAGAGAGCUGGGAUGGGUUCAUUGUGCCCUAGAUUCAUCGGUUUUUAUACGAGAACAUGAUGCUUUCUGGGAUAGCUUGAUCGCAAACGAAGGGAAUAGUCUCAGGAAUCAUGCCUGGAUCGCGGUCUAUCUAAGUGUCUUAGCCGUUGGCGUAUACUUUAUUAGUGAAGGGAAGAUACAAAACCUCCAGUUGGUUUAUGAAAGCUUCUCAGCCCGAGAUCCUUCCGUGCGGUCUUCAUUGGGCAGAGGAUCUAUAGAGUUGUCACGUAGUUGGCGAGCUGCUGCCUUGAAGGAGUUGAACUAUGCCAAUUACACGGGCAAGCCAAGCUUGCGAACCGUCCAGGCCUUGGCAAUUCUCAACGUGAUUCAUAAGAAUCUCGGUGAAUCAGACCAGGAAUAUAUUCUGCAUGGUACGGCGGUGAAUGUUGCUCGACUCAUUGGGCUCGAUCGUCUUGAGCAUGACCGUGGAACAGCGAGCACACACAUGGACAGCCUAGAGUCCAAUUCAAGCCAGCAGAAUGUGCUUCGAAGACUGUGGUGGACGCUGGUGGUUUGUGAUUGGAUAGCUGUGUGGUCACGUCCGACAACGAUCCACCCAGAGUCUUUCACAACAGUAUUGGAAGUACAAGAAGGCCAAAGUACCUUUAUUGAUGGAACCUUUACCCCAGACUCACCACAUAGCUUCAAUGAAGGGACGAGCCGUCCCUCUGUCUUCGAGUAUCAUAGAGCAAUAGCUCAACUGGCCAUUGCUAUACAGAACCACGCCGGAUCCAUCAGAAGCUGGGAUAUAAAAGUGCUACAAGAUACUCUUGGAGAAUUAGAUCGCGUCUCAUUAUCCUUCCCACCCCACCUCACAUUGUUAGGCCUGGAGGCCACAAUGGAGGUGGUAGGGCAUGAACCCAACUGGACCACAGUGCAAAGAUACUUACUCCACAACUGUCUAGAUAGCUGGCGAAUUCAUCUCUGUGUUGCCAUAUUGCCUCACAUCCUGGAAACCCCCAACGAAGAGGGGAGGGAUGUCCUCCAGCAUGGGAUAUUAGCUGCAAAACGACUUCUUCAGCGGAGGCAACACGCACCAUGCCUUCAUUUCCACAAGUUCUGGGCAGUGACGGCGUCCAUAAUAACCGCAGGAAUCUAUACUAUUAUAGAUCUGAUAUGCCUACGGAAGUAUCGAUCGCCUCCCGAAUUGAGCGAACAAAGGGAGCUAGUUAGACUAAGCAUCAGUCUGCUCGAGCAGUCAUUCACAGAGACGCGGCACGGCGCAUUACUCGUCCUUCGGCGGCUGUCCCAUCUAUACGAUAUCAUAGAUCCAUCGCAAGAAAUCAACCGACUCGUACUCUCGAAAAUUGUGAGGUUAACAGCGUCGCCUCGUUUGUGGGCCUCCCUUCCAGAUGCCGAUGCGACCUUAGGGUAUUUGUUUCCCGAGCCAGGUUUUGACAACCCGGGAAACACGUCACCGUCAUCUCCGAGCAGUAGCCACGGGGUUGAUAGUAGACUAUCCGGGGAUUCUACAAUACAGUCAGAAGUACCUUUUGAAUGGGACUUUACAACGGGUGCUGGGUGGAGCGAAAUACUACCUCACUUUGGCGAUUUGUCAUCCUCUUUGGAACUCAUUGAUAUGUCGAUGCCAUGGCUUGAUUCAGUUCCUCUUGAUGACUUCAUGAAAGAAUCCUAA